GUGUGUUCCUAAACUGACGCGCACACUGCACGAAGCGACCACCAUGGACUUUAUGACAGACUCAGAUGUGCAGAAGUAUAUGGAGGAUGGUUAUGUGGUUCUGGACGGGCUCCUGGGUGUGCAGGAGUGUGAGGAACUGAGGCAGAGGAUGGCAGACAUCGUGUGUGAGAUGGAUGUCCCCGAUCACUGUCGCAUCACCUUCUCCACGCAACACGAAGAGCAGCUCCAAACCCAGGGAAAUGCAGAAUACUUUAUCACCAGUGGCGAUAAGAUUCGCUUUUUCUUUGAGAAAGGAGUUUUUGAUGACAAAGGUGAAUUCAUUGUGCCAAAAGAACAGUCUCUGAAUAAAGUUGGACAUGCGCUCCACGCAUAUGAACCUCUGUACAGAAAGGUGACACAUUCACCAAAGGUUCAGGGCAUAGCCAAGAAGCUGGGUCUUGUGCAUCCUGUCAUUUUGCAAAGCAUGUACAUUUUUAAGCAACCAGGAAUUGGUGGUGAAGUGACGCCACACCAGGAUGCCACAUUUCUGUACACGGAGCCUCUGGGCAGAGUCAUGGGGCUGUGGAUAGCUUUGGAAGAUGCUACAGUCUCCAAUGGCUGUCUCUGGUUUAUCCCGGGGUCACACAAAAGAGGUAUUACACGCCGUAUGGUACGAACCCCACAGAACACGUAUCCACUGACAAACUUUAUCGGUAGAGAGCAGAACUAUGAUGACACGUUGUUUGUUCCUGCACCUGUUAAAAAAGGUGCUGUGAUCCUGAUCCAUGGGGAAGUUGUGCAUCGCAGUGCUCAGAACACUUCAGAAGACUCACGCCAUGUUUACACGUUCCACAUCAUGGAAUCUCAGAAUACUCGCUGGAGUCCAGACAACUGGUUGCAACCCACUGAAGCUCUUCCAUUCCCAUCUCUCUACACAACAUGAUGCAGCA